CGCAGACCGACAGGAAAUAUGCCCAGAUCACGGAGAUCACGUCUUGUUACGCUUGCUCAGACCGACAAGAAGGGACGAGAUGGAAAGGUCGCUUUGUACUCGUCCAUCCAGGCUGCUUUAGACGAAUUCGAAUACGCCUGGGUGUUUGACGUUGCAAAUAUGCGGAACACGUACUUAAAACGUGUUCGUGAUGACUGGAAGGGCAGUCGGAUCUUUAUGGGAAAAACAAAAGUCAUGGCCAAGGCUUUGGGCUACACGCCCGAGGAGGAGCAUGCAGAAAAUGUCAGCAAGCUGACCAAGUUGCUCCACGGCAGCGUUGGUCUUUUGUUCACCGACAGUAAGCCCGAGGAGGUCAAGGGCUACUUUGAAUCUUUUGUUCAAAACGAUUAUGCUCGUGCUGGAGCCAUUGCUCCUUUCAGCGUUAUCAUUCCCGAGGGUCCUGUAUACUCUCGCGCUGGCCAGAUUCCCGUCGAGGAUGAUAUUCUGUUGGCCCACACUCUCGAGCCUCAGGUUCGUCAGUUGGGCAUGCCAACUACAUUGAAAAACGGCGUGGUUACCCUGCUGACAGACUUCACUCUGGCCAAGGAGGGAGAACCACUCGAUAGUCGCCAAACACGCCUUCUUAAGCUGUUUGGUAUCACAGCUGCCGAGUUCAAGGUCAAGCUGUUGGGCUACUACGUGAAGAAAACGUCUACUGUUGAGUACAUCGACAAUGGCGAUGCCAGCGACGACAAGGUCAUGGCUUAAAAUGUUAAUUUUGUUAACCGAGGGCAUGUGAACAGACUCUAGUUGAACAGCUGGGACCAGCCAGGGCCAGCUGGAAUUUCAUUCAUACUUUUUGUUUUGGGAGACUUGAGAAAUGUGGGGUUACGGGAAGUUUAAAAAAAUGCGCAACAAUCUUAGAUAAGCUUAUACGAGACAAGGUUCGCUUAGACAAAUUAAGAUUCUUUAAUUUUCGUUUAGAUAUACCACUCUAAUACAACUUGUAACUAUCGCACACA